AGAAUCGCGGAAAAGUUAACUCUCGAAAAAGUUAAUCUCGCGGAAAAGUUAACAGCAUUUCGGCGUCCACGUAGCGCUCUAAAAAGUUAACUUCGAAGUUAACUUUUCCGAGCGUAUGAAUUUUUUUUUUGAAAUCAACCGUUUCUUUGCCGACACAAGCCAGUGCGAGCUCUAGUUUUGAUUAUGGGUAUUCCCCGAAUAUUCUAUUUUCUUUCUGUUUUGUUUUGUGCUCCAAACAUAUGUUUUCAUUCUUGUCGCAAAUUACCUUGAUUGAAUUGUUCGGUAGCGUUUGAGUUGAUUAGUUGUGAAUUUUUUAUUAAAAAAAUGUCAAAAAUACAGAAAAAACGGCAAAUCAGAUUAAAUUUGCAACAAAAAGUAGAUAUAUUAAGAAAACUUGAUGACGGUAUUGCGGGAAAUCGAAUAGCGCUGCAUUAUGGUGUGUCUAAAGUAGCCAUCAGUAAAAUAAACAAAAAACGCCAAGAAAUUUUAAAAACAGUGGCGGCCACUUAUGAAAGUGCAGAGAAGAAAACACUCCAUAAGUCGGAAUAUCCUGAUCUGGAGGUAAACUUGUACAAUUGGUUCCUGAAUCAACGGCAGCGUAAUUGUGCAGUGACUGGUGCCAUCUUAAAAUCAAGAGCUAAACUCGAAUUUGAAAUUCUGUAUCCGGGAAAAAAAUUUAGUGCAAGUGAUGGAUGGCUGGCAAAUUUUAAAAAACGGCACGGUAUUCGCCUUCUCAAAAUUUGUGGGGAAAUUCUUUCGAGCGAUACACCGAAAAUAACUCCGUUUGUACAUAGUCUACGAGCAAAAAUCAAUGAAAUGGGCAUCUCCGACUCCCAACUAUAUAACGCAGAUGAAUCUGGACUAUUUUAUCGUUUAUUACCGGACAAAACAUUUGUCGCAGCAAACGAACAUGCCGCACCGGGAAGAAAAACUGUUAAGGAAAGAAUUACAUUUUUGUUGUGUGCAAACGCAGAUGGUUCGCACAAGUUGAAGCCGUUGCACAGUGUAACGAGUGCGGACAAAAAUCAUAAAAAAUGAAGGUUAUUGGAAUUGGAAAAGCGGUUUACAUAUUGAUAGGUAAUACUUCUACUAAGAAAAAUCUGAAAUAUUUUUCAAAAAUUUCUAUGCAUGGGACCACAUCUUCUCAUCAAAGUCACUCUAAUUAGAUCUUAAUUUUUUUUUUGAAAAAACCUAAGUUUAUAGCAAUGCACUUUCAAGCCAUAUAUUAGUUUUUUUUAGGUACAACUCUGCAUAAAAUGCAUAUAUGAGUAAAAUAUAUAAUUUAGUAAGUCCGUUAACACUUUGAUUUAUUUUGUUUUGAUUCCUAUUUUCAUUUUACCGUUAUUCUAAAAAAGUAAAUUCGCGCGCGUGAUCAGUUCAUAAAAGUUAAACUUUAAAAGUCUUUUUCUCAAAAUUAUAUCAAUUUAUAUUUCUAAUUUUUUGACAAAUUACUUAUUCAAGUAUGUACUUAAAGAAUAUCUAAAAAUUAUUUGCA